AUGAAGCUCUUCGCUACUCUUGUUAUUGUUAUUAUUGCUUUUACAUUUUCUUUCGCAGCUGAAGAAGCUAAGAAAGAUAUUGGAACCGUGAUUGGUAUUGAUCUUGGAACAACAUAUUCAUGUGUUGGUAUUUUCAAGAAUGGUCGUGUAGAAAUUAUUGCUAAUGAUCAAGGUAAUCGAAUUACGCCAUCUUAUGUAGCAUUUACAUCUGAUGGUGAACGAUUAAUUGGUGAUGCAGCUAAAAAUCAAUUGACAUCAAAUCCAGAAAAUACUGUAUUCGAUGUUAAACGUCUUAUUGGUCGUGAAUAUAGUGAUCAAAGUGUAGAAUAA